UCUUUAUCAGCCUGCCUCUGCUACUUCAGGACAGCACACGGGUGUGUGUGGUUCUCGCUGUGUCCCCAAACCAAACCACACCAAAGCUUCGUUAGGUUCUGCAAGAACGCCUCUUCUCUCGGUACUCAACAAUCUCUGACUGAGUGAAAUGGUCUCUAUUUCUCUGACAUUCAAUUUGAAAGGUACAGAAGAACACGAAGGUUUAUAGACUGAACCCUGCUAUUUCCUAGUACUUGACUGGAUGACCUCCCCAUGCCUUUAUUAGAUAUUGCUACUGCACAGCCUUCAUUGCGAAAUUAUAUAUAUACAUUUAGGUCUGAAACCCUCUUUCAUGGUAAAUUUGUUUUUGGAAAUGAGAAGAGAUUGGCGGCAUCUUCAUGGAGAACGUUCCGUAUACCGGAAAAAUUUAAAAACUUCAACUUGGGUGGCAUUGACGGAUCCAGGGGUGAGCUAGUCAUCAAGGCAGUUGCUACUUUAGAACAUAUACAACUAGCCAGGGGCAAUGACAAAGAUGAGGCUUACCAGAACUUACCAAUUGGUGUCAAUUCAGGUAGUAGUUCCCAAGUGGUUGAGCAUCAAUCUUCAAGUGAAGACUCAACAGAAUUGGAUGAGAGAGAGAAGUUGAGACGGAUGAGGAUUUCCAAAGCAAAUAAAGGGAACACACCUUGGAAUAAAGGCAGGAAGCACAGUCCAGAAACCCUACAACGGAUCAAGGAGAGAACCAGGCUUGCUAUGCAGGAUCCUAAGGUCAAAAUGAAGUUGGUGAAUCUGGGACAUGCUCAGAGCAAAGAAACAAGGUUUAAGAUUGGAGUUGGAGUGCGAUUGGGUUGGGAAAGGCGACGUGGGAAGCAAAGGGUGCAGGAAACUUGCCACUUUGAGUGGCAGAAUUUAAUUGCAGAAGCUUCCAGAAGAGGUUUUGUUGGUGAGGAAGAGCUGCAGUGGGACUCCUACAAGAUCUUGGAUGAACAGCUUGAGCAGGAAUGGUUAGAGAGUGUUGAAGAAAGGAAGAAAAUGCCCCGGCCUAAAUGUAGUAAGAGAGCACCGAAGUCAGCUGAGCAGAGGAGGAAAAUUUCAGAGGCCAUUGCUGCCAAAUGGGCUGACCCUGCAUACCGUGAUCGGGUUUACUCUGGCCUAUCAAAAUAUCAUGGCACUCCUAUUGGAGUUGAAAGAAAGCUGAAGAGAAGGCCUAGUGGUGAUAGAGAGCUCAGAAAGAAGAGCCCUGUAACAAAGAGAGGUAAUGAUAUGAAUGAUUCUGCAGGGAGUGAAACCAAAAGCGAAAAUCUACAACCUAGGUUGAAGAGAGCGAAUGCCCCCAUGUAUAAGGACCCUCUGUCAAAUUCCAAGCUAGAGAUGAUAAAAAAUAUCAGAGCGCAGAGAGCAGCUACAGAAACCAAGAAAUCUGAGGCCAUCACUAGAGCAAAACAAUUGAUUGCUGAAGCUGAGAAAGCUGCAAAGGCCCUUGAGGUAGCUGCAACAAGGAGCCCUCUUGCUCAUGCUUCACUCAUCGAAACCAGGAAGCUUAUAGCUGAAGCAGUUGAAUCCAUUGAAUCCAUAGAGUCUGGAGGGGUGAAUUCUGAUGAGGAAAAUAGGUCCUCUGGCUUCACCUCAUCUGGACGGGUAAACCAUGUUGAGGAGAGAAAAUAUGGGAAAAUUAAAGGUCUCAGCCAAGCAGAUCAUAGGGAAGUAAACGGAACCUACACCAUAUCAUCAACUCAAGGUGGCAUUAUGGACUUCAAUUUCAGUAACUUCACCUUGGAAGAUAUUCUGAAUGGUAAAAAUGUUCUACCAAAGAGCUCUGAUAACUAUGGUUUAUUGAAUGGUAAGGAGGAGCUUUAUUCAACAAGCUCCAGUGAUAAUGGGUUGCUUAUGUCGUCAUUGGAUGGUAUGAUAAACCAUUCCAGCUUCACGAAGCAAACUGACCACCCUGAGCCAAAUGGGAGCAAGAGACAUGAACAGAAGCUCCUGCCAAAUGGAACAAAAUCUCAAUCAGGCAAAGAGGAAACACCAAAUAACUCGGUAACCAUGACCAAGAAAUGGGUUUGUGGUAGGCUUGUUGAUGAUAUAUUGUAGACUUGAUGCUAAUUGUCAUUUCAGCUAUUGACUGGUAUGGAUCACAUCUGUUGCGACCAAAGAGUGUCAUAAUGUUACUCUUAGCAAUAAGUUACUGUAGUUGGCAUUUUACUUUACAUUUGCUGCGGAUUAUAUGUACUAAACUGAAUAAUAACCAUGGUUGUACGAAUUUUGUUUCUAGGAAUGUAUCAGUAAUAGUGCAGGCAUUACUGUUCUAUGUGCUUCUCUAUUGAAGUUAUUAAUGAAAGAGCCCAGUCUUUU